GGGGCGGAGCGCAGUCGGCAGCGAGCCGCCGCGCAGGGAGCAGAGCGCCGCCCGCCCGCGCAGCAUCGGCCUGCCCGCGUCCGGCGGACCGCACGCACCGGGAUCCGCGGCCCAGCGAGCUCCGCGCAUCCAGCCAUGAGCGGCUGCCGCGUCUUCAUCGGGAGGCUGAACCCCGCCGCCAGGGAGAAGGACGUGGAGAGGUUCUUCAAGGGCUACGGCCGCAUCCGGGACAUCGACCUGAAGAGAGGCUUCGGGUUUGUGGAAUUCGAGGAUCCGAGAGAUGCGGACGAUGCUGUCUAUGAACUGGAUGGAAAAGAGCUUUGCAGUGAGAGGGUUACUAUUGAGCAUGCAAGAGCACGCUCUAGGGGUAGAGGCCGAGGGAGGUACUCUGACCGCUUUAGCAGCCGCCGGCCACGCAGUGACAGGAGAAGUGCCCCGCCUUUAAGGACAGAAAACCGACUCAUAGUAGAAAAUCUGUCGUCCCGAGUCAGCUGGCAGGAUCUCAAAGACUUCAUGAGACAAGCUGGGGAAGUAACCUUUGCAGAUGCACACAGACCUAAGUUAAAUGAAGGGGUGGUUGAAUUCGCCUCUUACAGUGAUUUAAAGAAUGCUAUUGAAAAGCUUUCUGGUAAAGAAAUUAACGGAAGAAAAAUCAAACUAAUUGAAGGCAGCAAAAGACACAGUAGGUCCAGAAGCAGGUCGCGGUCUCGUAGCAGAAGCUCGUCCAGGUCUCGUAGCCGUUCCCGUUCCCGAAGCCGCAAAUCUUACAGCAGGUCAAGGAGCAGGAGCCGUAGCAAGUCUCGAUCAGUUAGCAGAUCUCCAAUGCCAGAGAAGAGCCAGAAGCGUGGCUCUUCCAGUAGAUCUAAAUCGCCAUCAUCUGUGGAUCGACAGAGGUCUAGAUCGAGGUCCAGAUCCGUUGAUAGUGGCAACUGAACUAUAAGUGACUUGCCCUGGGGGGCCCUUUUUUAAACCAUACUUGCUAAAACUCGUGGUAAGUAUGUGACUUUCUGAGGGGAAAGGGUUUGGAAGGGGGAGGGAGGGA